AUGAGCGUCCGGCGCCAUCCCUUGUGCUCAUUACCAACCACUUCCGUCACGUCGUCCUCUUCCUCCACCGCUUCUAUAGCGUCGUCCAGUUCUAUCUCUGGCGGGGGCAAGCAAGGGAAUAUCAAAGACUUGCUUCCUCCAGAGGUCUCGCAGAACCCCGAGAGCAAUGCGGUGGUCCUCAACGUGUACGACUUGGACCAGGGCAUCGUCCGCCUGAACACCAUUCUGGCUAUGGUUGGCGUUGGUGGUGCCUUCCAUGUAGGCGUCUCUGUCUUCGGUAAGGAGUAUUAUUACUCUGGUAUCGGCCCACCCAAUGGCCCUGAUGAUCUGGAUCCCAGUGGUGUUUACUGGCAUGAGCCGACUCACCAUGACGUCCACGUUUAUCGGCA